AUGCAGUCCAAGAUUUCUCUCCUCGGCUUGGCCGUUCAGGCUAGCCUGGCAAUCUCAAUUCCUCGACCUUGCACUUGUCCAUCAAUUUCUGGCAACAAGACGAUCAAUGCUUAUCAAUUGUAUCCCGAAAACGUUGAUUUCGAUACACGACGUUGUCUUUUGUACACAAGCGUAUUGUACAAUGCGACUGCUGUUGCCUGGGACCCCUAUCGUGGAGAGAUAGUCCAUACUUUCAAAGCGCCUGGGCUCAGCGGCAACCCUCUGCUCCAUGCAAGCGGCGUACGCGUCGACACCCUGGACCGACUCUCUGUUAUCAUCGACGCCGGCGCUGCUUUCGAUACCGCUGGCCAGAAUAUCCAGGGCGACAACGAGCUCGUCAAGUUCGACCUUGUAGACAACUCUUUACUGUGGCGAGCGAAUCUGACCAAGGCGACCAAUGGUGUAUAUGGCGGUUUCCAAGACAGCGAAAGCGACGAUGCUGGUAACACCUAUGUUCUCGGCACCUUUCCCAGCAGUUUGAUCAAAGUCAGCGCUGAUGGAAAGUCGGUUGUCCCGUGGUAUCUCGUCGAGCCAGCCAACCAUACCAUCCACGGCUUCUCGGGAAUCUCCCGCAAAGGCGACACACUCUUUGUGACUGAUAACACGGAUGGUCAGCUUUACAAAUUCGACACCAAAGCAGCAAAGGGCAAGCCGGUUCGUGUCCCGACAUCGAAGGAUGGCAAGGCGCUGGGCCAGAAUCUUGACGGCUUGCAGCUGCCCUCGCUUUACGCCGGUACUGUUCUUUUGGUCAGCGAUAAUGUCAACGGUACUGUUGUGUUGAGAUCCAGCAAUGGAAAGUGGAAGUCUGCUGAGAACCUCGGAACUAUCCCCAAUCCUUACGUUAGCCAGGGCGGAUUCACCGUUGCAUCUGUGCAGAUCUCUGAUAGUAUCUAUGCUGUCACAGAGUUCUUUGGCGAUGCUAUUAAUGGAACUCUCCCUGGUAACAGGACAGUUUUCCCCUUGAGGGAUAUUACAGAAGAGGUAGAAGCUCUACUAAGAGCUUAG